CUUUCUUUGUGAUACUUGAAAUCCUUCGCCCAGUUUCUUUGAGAUGUGACAGAUGCCUGAGAGAACGAGGCUAUGUUAUGAGAGAAUUUGUUUGCCUGCCGGUUUGGUUAUUUUCGUAUUUGUGUGUCAGGGUUUGUCCUUGAAUACAUAUAAGACGCAUGAAUGUGCCUGUUAAGGCAGAGUGAGACAAACUUGUUGGUUAUCGAUGCUAAUAUGGCUGCUGCUACGCCUUCUCCUGAGUAUCUCGCCGAGACGCGUGGCCCGAUGAUUCGGACUGUUACGUGGCUCUCUGUGAUCUUUCCCAUUCUUUUUGUUGGACUUAGAGUGUACACGAGAUUGUUUGUGCGAAAGGUCUUUGGUCUUGAUGACUGGGUCAUUGUUAUCUCUCUGGUUCUUCUCAUCUGCUAUGGCGCCAUCAUCGAAGCUGCCGUUCAGAAAGGUCUCGGUCGACACGUCGAAUGGGUUCUCACCUUUGCUCCCCAAGAUGCCGUCCCGGUCGCAUUGCUCGGCCAAGUCUCACAGCCCUUUGUGGUCAUGUCGUGUGCCUUGGGCAAGACAUCCUUCUCGAUCAGCCUCAUGCGACUAGCCGCACAGCGAUUCAUCCAUCGGUUCCUCUGGUUCAUCGUCGUCACUAUGCUUACACUUCACAUCCUCAUCUCUAUCAUUGUCUUUGUGCACUGCGAAGAUCCCCGAACAACAUGGAACCCGGCUAUCGUGAGCAAGUGUUGGCAUCCUAAUUCCUACCUUGGAGUUUUGUACUUCAUCGGCGCUUACUCUGCCGUGACCGAUUUCAUCCUCGCGCUUCUUCCUUGGGCUAUGCUCUGGAACUUGAACAUGAAGAACAAGGAAAAGUUCGGUGUAGCUUUCGCCAUGAGUCUUGGUGUCUUCGCCGGAGCUAUCGCAGUUAUUAAAUGCACAAAGCUCAAAGCCAACGCAACAAGCACCGAUCCUACCUACGACGUCGGUGAACUUCUCUUCACUGCCUGCGCUGAGAAUGCACUCAUUAUCAUGGCUGCUUGUAUACCUACCCUUCGACCCAUGCUUCGCAAGGUCUUUCCUUCAUCAGCCAAGUCAAGCGAGAACUCGCAUCGUUUGAAGAACAUGAACAACAUCAUGUUCGUUCCCAAGAACAAGGCUGGUCAAUGGAGUGCUUUGAUUGAGACUGAGGCUCACCCAGAUCAUAACUCUGACAACCAGAGUGACAAGAGUAUUCUCAAGGAACAUCGUGGUACUAUGAAUGGUCAGGACAAUGCUGGGCCAGCUGGUGGACCAGCUAGUCCAGCACUAUCACCCCAUAUCAGAAAAACAAUGUCGGUAAAUGUGUCGUAUGACAGGAGUAACAGUAUGUAAAUGGGAAUAGGGCAAAUAGGCAGAUCAGAUACAGCGACCCUAGGCCAGGUACCCUGAAUAACCUGUGCAAGUCAAACGCCAGAAGUUCCCGUGAAAAUGU